AUGUCCUCCCGCAAGUACAGGAAGCUCUCUGAGCAGGAGCAGAAGACGUUCCUCAAAUUCCAGCCAGAGAUACACUACAGCAAUCGCUACAAGGACGACUACUUCGAGUACCGGCACGUUAUCCUUCCAAAACCUAUGCUCAAGGCCAUUCCAAAGGACUACUUUGACGACGAGACCAACACACUGCGACUUUUGCACGAGGAUGAAUGGCGUGGACUCGGCAUCACUCAAAGUCUCGGCUGGAAACACUACGAAACGCAUCAACCGGAGCCGUGGAUUCUUCUGUUUAAGCGGGAGCUAUAA